AUGUCACCUUUAUGGUAUGCUAUCUAUAAAUCUAACACUCUUUCCCCCGGGUCAUAUAAUAACGCUAUGCCGAAAGAUUCUUGGACUACAUUGAAAGAUAAAGUUCCUUCCAAGAUUGUCAGGGCUGUAGCUGCUAAUGAGAAUUCUCAUAUAUGGCUCAGUUCAGGAAGUCAACGAAAGAGGAUGGAUGUUUGUGGGGUUUUCCGGAAACUAGCUCUGUUGGGGGUGCUCGAAGGUUUCCUUGGAUGGAUAUUUGAAAGCAGUUUACUGAGAUAUAGUAACCUACCUUUCUUCGCUUCUGCCUUAGUAAUUGGGAAUAUCGUCCAUUUGGACAGAACGACCCUUCAUCUAGGUGCUGCUACCUAUCUAGUCAGUAGGGUAGCAUACACUUUAUCUUAUAUCCUAGGAGAGAACAGACGUUCUUCUCUCCUCCGCUCUGGAUUUUACUGGACGGGGGUGAUUUCAUGUUUGACAUUAUUUGUUAAAUCUGCCAAUCGUCUAUCACGUAUUCCAUGGGAUACGAGUCUUUAG